GUUCGCAUCCGGUCGGCGGAGGUGAAGGUCGUUAGCUCGGUGUGCGCGCUGUGCAGGCCCACCUUCCUCCUCAGCUUCGCAGGAAGGCGCGCAGUGGCCCUUCCUUUCCGUCUAGAGGGAGGCGCCGGCGGCGUGCGAUCCUGUCUAGUGUUCCGGAAGGGAUCCUUUUAAAGAAAAGCUUAACCGCGUGGUCGAAGAUGUCGAAGUACGUGAACGACAUGUGGCCUGGCUCGCCGCAGAAGGAUUCCCCCUCGACGUCCCGGUCGAGCCAGUCCAGCCGGCUGUCCUCCCGAUCCAGGAGCCGCUCCUUUUCCAGGAGCUCUAGGUCUGACUCCCACGUCUCCAGUCGGUCUUCGUCCAGGAGCCGGAGCCGGCUCCAUAGAAGGAGUAGGUCAAGAUCUCGUUCCAGGAGGCGCCACCAGCGGAAAUACAGGCGUUAUUCGCGGUCUUACUCGCAGAGCCGGUCGCGAUCCCGCGCCCGCCGGUACCGGGAGAGGCGCUACGAGCGGUCCAGGCGUUAUUAUCGGUCCCCUUCUCCUUACCGCUCCCGCAGCAGGUCGCGCUCUCGGGGGAGGUCCUAUUACCGGAGAGCGUCCGCGCUUACCCGGGGCCGGCGCUACUAUGGCUUUGGUCGCACGGUGUACCCAGAGGAGUCGAGCAGGCGGAGAGAGAGAUCCAGGACGAGGUCUCGGAGCAGAACCCCCUUUCGCUUAAGUGAAAAAGAUCGAAUGGAGCUGUUAGAAAUAGCAAAAGCCAACGCUGCGAAAGCUUUAGGCACAACGAACUUUGACCUGCCAGCUAGUCUGAAAAUUGUUUCUGGAGCUAAAGAAACAAGCCAUGGAACAGGUGUACCUAAUGAUGCAAAGUUUGAGCUGUCAGUAAAGCUAACAGAAGAUGGAACUAAAAAUCUCAGUGAGAGGUUGUCCCAGCAAAGAACCAUAGCUUUUAGCUCUGCUAAUUCUGUAGCAAAGCCAAUACCGACAUCAGAUAAAGCUGCAGGUGCGACAUCCUCAGGAUCACCAAAAAUUGAUCUGAAAAAGAGUCCCUACGGACUGUGGAUACCUGUCUAGAAGAUAACAACUAAUGGCUAAGGUUUCCUGAAGCUGCACUUUAAUGCAAGUUUGUAUCUGGCAUUAUCUCCUCCUCUUGGGUCAUUUAGUAGUUAAUUCUUGCAAUUCAAAAGCCAGCAGAAUGAUGUAAAUACUCAAUAUUCAGGUAUUAACAUUUUAGUUUUCUCUCACAGAUAGGAGAUAGCACAAAUGGACCAGAGGUUACGCACAGGUGGGAGUCUUCUAUAUAUAUAUGUAUAUAUACACGCUUGUAAAUAUUACUUGCCUAUGUAAAGGUGAAAUUUGUAAGACACAGUAAUCAAACUGUUUUGUAUAUUUGUUAAUAAAUUUGUUUUGUAAUUAC